AAAUACUGCCAACACAUUAUCCUAAAGAGAUGGACUAGAGAAGCACGCAAUGGAAGCAUACAAGAUAGGCAAGGAAGAAAUGUGAUAGAAAAUCCAAAACAGGAAGCUCAACUUCAGUACAAGUUUCUAUCUCAUAAAUUUCACAAUUUGGCAGGUAAAGCAGCCAACUCUCAAGAAUGCUGCAUGCUGUUAGAAAAUGCUCUUGAUUGUCUUAGUAUACAGCUGGAGGAUAAACUCAAUGUAUCUACUAGUACUAUGAAUGAACCAUGUAAGGAGCAAGAAAAUGUUGACCCAAAUAUGCAAAAAAUAGGUGGCUUGCUUCGUGCUGCCCAGCUGAGGAAAAAACAGGUUCAGUCAAAAGGUUCAAAGUGGCGUAGAACAUGGCUUGAUAAAUUACGCAAGUGGGGGAAGCACAAAGCAACUAAAUCUGUUGUGCCAACAAAAAAAGGAGCAAAGAAACAAAAGAAAAAUGAUGAUGUACAACCCCAAGUAGAAGUGGAGAAUGGUGGCAGCAACAAAGGAACAAAUAUGCAGCUUCAAGAGUACAAUGUCAUUGCAAGUUUUACACAGUUCUUGACAGCUCCACUUUGUGCUAAUGAUAAUCUUCUCGACCAAGAUCUGUUCUAGUAUCCUUAAAUUGGUGGAUGGUAUUUUGGACAGGGCUAACUACAGUAUUUUGGGGGCUAACUAUAGUAUUUUGUGGCCUAAUUGUACAAGUGAAAAUGGCCCAUACUUGUACUGGUUGUUCACUGAUAGCACUUGUUGCUACAGACCAAGAUCUAUUGCUACAGUAUCAAGUUCUCUUAU